AGGCUUUAUAAUAGUCUUUCUCCAUCAGAGGAGGAAUUAUUCUCGGGGGGGAAAAAAAGAUAGUCUCUCUCUCUAGUAAGCGCCUGAUUCUUUCUUCAUUCACAGAAAAGCUAAUACCUGGAGAAAAUAGCUUGGAGGGAGUUUGAUACGGAGUAGUUGCCUGUGACAAGAUCAGCUGUAUGACGACCACGACGGCGGAAAAUUCCUCGCAGACGUGGGGUUUCUUCCGUGAAGGGAAGUAAAAUUCAUUUUCUGGGUCAGAUUUUGCUUCCAGCAGUUUUGUCCGGAGACGGUGAAAAAGAUUGUAGAAAUGGAUCCAAAGAAGGGAGGAACAGGUCAAAAUUCUGGCAAUGGGGUUGCUUUGGAGAUGGGCAAGGAAUCAUUAGAUUCGGGGAAGGCAGCGAUUGGUAAAGAAGAAGGAGCCGGGGGAGAGGGGGUUAGUCGGAAUCUUACUGAUUCAGUUCAUGUUGUCGAGCUACAGAGCUCGGCGGUGGUAGAUUCCAGCAGCUUGUCGGCGAGCGUCAGUGGAGAAAACAGGAAUUUGGAAGCGAAAGGCGACGACUUGCGGCUCACUGUGGUUGCGACAAACCAGCAAACAGGUGGUGGGCAUGGAGAAAGCGAGGCAUUGGAUAAAGGCGGCCAAGGAAGCGGCGGGAACCACAAUGCGCACGGAGAUAGAGUUGUGCCUGAGACGGUAAUUUCAAUGGAAAGCUCCGUUGAUAAUGGGGAAAGCUUUGUUGUCAAGAGCAACAAGGCUAACGCGGCGGAUAACUUGAAGGCGAUAGUGCCGAAGGGGGAGAAGAAGACUUCAUGCGUGAUUGAUGUGAAGUGUGAUGUUGGGAAUUUGAAGGAUAACUGUGACAGGGAGAAGGUUUGCAGAAUUUGUCAUUUGAGUUCUGAUGGGUCGAUUGAAGUCCCCACUGCAGGGCCUGAUGUGACUGUGACUUCCAUGGAGCUCAUCCAGCUCGGUUGUGGAUGUAAAGAUGAGCUCGGUGUUUCACAUUCUCACUGUGCCGAAGCCUGGUUCAGGCUCAAAGGAAACAGAGUGUGCGAAAUCUGUGGGGAGACAGCGAAGAACAUAUCAGGAAUCGUAGGGGACAACCGUUUCCUGGAGGAGUGGAACAACAGGCGAUUUCUGCACGGAGGUGGCGGGAAUUCGUCGGAGAGAGGUGGAGGAUGUUGGAGAGGACAACCAUUCUGCAACUUCCUGAUGGCGUGCCUCGUAAUCGCCUUCGUGCUGCCAUGGUUCUUCCGUGGUCUCGGCGUCGGCGGCAAAGAGACAUCACAUUCUUCUCUUCCUUCCCCGUUGUGCACUCCCAUUCUCAUCGCCGUCAAAAUGGUUGACGAUAAGAAGCUUUCCAACCCCAUGAGGGAAAUCAAAGUCCAGAAGUUGGUACUCAACAUCUCCGUUGGAGAAAGCGGCGAUCGUCUCACCCGUGCCGCAAAGGUGCUGGAGCAACUCAGCGGACAAACCCCAGUGUAUUCCAAGGCUAGGUAUACUGUUAGGUCUUUUGGGAUCAGGCGUAAUGAGAAAAUAGCUUGCUAUGUGACCGUGAGGGGCGACAAGGCAAUGCAGCUGCUGGAGAGCGGUCUGAAGGUGAAGGAGUAUGAGCUCCUGAGGAGGAACUUCAGCGACACUGGAUGCUUUGGUUUCGGUAUCCAGGAGCAUAUUGAUCUUGGAAUCAAAUAUGAUCCAUCAACUGGUAUUUAUGGUAUGGACUUCUUUGUUGUCCUUGAGCGCCCGGGAUACAGAGUGGCCCGUCGCCGCAGGUGCAAGGCACGCGUUGGGAUUCAACACAGAGUUACAAAGGAAGAUGCCAUGAAGUGGUUCCAGGUCAAAUAUGAAGGAGUUAUUCUUAACAAGGCCCAAAACAUCGGAUCUUAAGUCAUUUCUUCACUGAUCUGCUCAAAUUUGGGAUAGCUGUAUUUCCUUUUCACAGGCUUCCUGAGAUUUGAAAGUUUUGAAUAUUCUGGGAGAGAUUUUGAAUCGCUGGCAGUUCAAGUGUUACAUUACCUCUUUUGUUUGGACCAUCAAUACAUUCGGGUUGUCAAAUUAUGACGUAUAUUUAGCAACUCAAUCCAAGAAUGGUAGGUACAUUGGUCUGAAAAAUCUCGACAGUUAGUGUUAACUUUUAACAGUUGCUGUAUUUCAGGAAUUCAACAAGCUCUCUUUACUUCAACUUGGAGUACCCUUUCACUCCCCUUGACUUGGCCAGUUCCUUCAGCUGAGCCAGCUUCAUUUGCUCUAGUUUUUGGUUUUCCAACUUGUCACCUUCUUGUGUUGCUGAGUUUCCAUCAUCGAGCUCAUUAUCCAUUACCCUGGGAGCCGACGUAGAUGGUAUUGGCGACCUUCUCAUGAAGUUAGUUGGUGGUCGAUUCGUCUUGAACUCUGCUAUUCCCCCUUGCACAGUGCUUUGUGAAACCUGCUUCUCCAGCAUUCCUUGCUUCCGCCUUGUUUCCCCCUGCUUCACUUUCUCCUUGUUCUUAGCCUUCCCUGCAGAUGUUAGACAAACUUUACAGUGCCUUGCUUGUACUAAUGGAGUUGUGGCGUUUCCACUGAUUAUGACAAGUCAAAAGAACCAAAGGGGAUGAGAAAGGCAGUGAAUUCACUUUCUGAAAAGAUUUCAUUUUCACCUGAAACGGAGUUGAUUGUUGCACUUUUCUUCUGCGAUGUGGCGUCCUCGGCGCUUCCAUUGGAUUCUGUUGAAGAGAUUGCAAUCCGUAUCCGUCUGAAAAGGGCUAUAAUCUCCUUUUCUCGUGACGAAUUGGUUGCUUUCCUCUCAUGUUUCUUGCUGAUCCUGCUGCUGCUUAUUCUAUUGCCUGAGCCCAGAACUUUUGGAGAAGCAAAUGCGAAAGACCCAAUACCUUUCGAAGAUGCAGAGUAAAAGGAAAUCUUCUGAAGCCUGACGCAUUCGGACGAUGAGAAUGGGGGAAGGCGAAUUGCAGGGCCGCCAGAGGAAUAAGAAGCUGCUGCGUCCAUUCAUUAAUUUUAGAACUUGGGUUCCCGAUUCUGAAGAUUUGUGAACAGAAAUGGACUCCCAAUGUCCCAGGGAUUGAAGUAUCGUCACCUGAAGCGACUAGUGGCUCUGUUUUCACUCCUUGAAACUCAUUAAGGCCACGACUUGAUCAAAACGCGUGCUAAACACGCGCUUGUUUUGUA